AAGUAUCUGAAUAUUGUAAAACCAUUAUUGCUUUAAUAAAUACUCCGCCCGUAAUAAAAUAAAUCCCCUUAUUUUAAACAUAUCUUCUCCACACAUACGCCUUUUCUUCUCUCAAAUUUCUCUCUCUUAAAUUCUAGGUUUAGGGGUCGUCGUCAAUUUCCCCAAUUCAUAUUAAUUUCUUCAAAUUUAGCCUUCAAUUUCAAUAGCAGCUAAAAAAAAUUAGAUUCACACUGAAAUUUCAAUUCGAAAACCUGUAAUUAAUCUUCGUAGUUGUAAUAAUUUGACUUUUUGAUUCUUCUUCUUCUUCCUUUGUUUUUACCCUAAUUCCAAAAAAAUUAGUCACCUCAGAUCUGCCUAAUUCAAUAUUUCCAUUGUAUAUAUAACCCUGUAAUUAGAAGAUAAGUAAAAAAUCUGCAAAUUUCAGCUCAAAUUUCAAAAAUUUAUUUGAGGUCCAUUAAUGGCGGUUUCAACAAUUGCGCUGUAUGCAAGUCCACCGAGUGGCAUAUGUUCUACACCGCAUCCUUCAAUCAAUUCUCACUCUUCCUAUGAUUUCGAUCUUAACGGAAGAUCUCCAUCCACGAGCUCGCAAUCGUCAUCAUCAACCUCUCAAAGGCCGAUAAUCGGCGGUUUAUCGCAUCUUCUUAAACACUCUCCCACGUCGGUAAAUGAGGAGUUUCAGAAAGUAGGGUUGGAUGAUCAUCAUUAUCAUCAAUACGGCAGUUUGAGCAGCUCAUUUCGGUAUUCGAAUUGCUCGCCGUUGAGUUCUUCGUUGAAGCGAGAUCUUCAAAGUCCCGUUUCGGUGUUUCAGGGCCCGGUUUCGGUUUCGGGUUCCAGUAGCUAUAAUACCGUAGCUUCAGGAUCAUAUUCGGGUUCAUUUCGGGUAAAUAAUACUACGAAUGGGUUGUUAAAUGGGUUUGUGAGGAAUUCUUUGGGGUCGUGUUUGGAUCGUGAUGUGGAGGAGCUUACGUUUAAUAUGGAGGAGCAAUUUGUGUUUGGUGGUAGUGUUGCGGAAUUGUUGGCAAGUGCUCAAAACAGGCAUAAGAUUUUCUAUGAAGAUUUUGUGAUCAAGGCGUUUUAUGAGGCUGAAAAGGCUCAUAGAGGGCAGGUGAGAGCAAGUGGGCAUCUAUACUUGCAUCACUGUGUGGAAACCGCUGUGCUUUUGGCUACCGUAGGAGCAAAUUCGACCGUCGUAGCUGCUGGGUUAUUGCAUGAUACCAUUGAUGAUUCGAUGGUUACAUAUGACUACAUCCUAAGCAUUUUUGGAUCUGGGGUGGCUGAUCUAGUUCAUGGGGUGUCAAAACUAAGCCAUUUGAGCAAGCUUGCACGUGAAAAUAAUAUAGCAAAUAAAACCAUAGAAGCUGAUCGGCUGCAUACAAUGUUUCUUGCUAUGGCAGAUGCCAGGGCAGUCUUAAUUAAAUUGGCAGAUCGAUUGCAUAAUAUGAUGACACUCGAUGCAUUACCCUCUCAUAAACAGCAGAGGUUUGCGAAGGAAACGUUGGAGAUAUUUGCACCACUGGCUAACAGGCUUGGUAUCUCUACUUGGAAAGAAAAAUUAGAGGACUUGUGUUUCAAGCAUCUUUACCCAAAUCAACAUGAUGAAUUGUCUUCCAAGCGUAUGAACUCAUUUGAUCAAGCAAUGAUCAAAUCAGCAACCGAGAAACUUGAAGAAGCUCUUAAGGAUGAAGAUAUAUCUUACCAUGACUUGUCUGGUCGUCACAAAAGCUUAUACAGCAUUCAUCGCAAAAUGUCGAAGAAGAAGCUCACAGUUGACCAGAUUCAUGAUAUUCACGGGCUGCGAUUGAUUGUUGAGAAUGAGGAUGAAUGUUUCAGAGCACUUAAGGUUGUUCAUCAGUUGUGGCCUGAAGUGCCUGGAAAGUUCAAAGACUAUAUUCAUUGUCCAAAAUGCAAUGGAUACAAAUCCCUUCAUACUGUUGUGCUCGGUGAAGGAAUGGUUCCAAUUGAAGUUCAAAUACGGACUAGGGAAAUGCAUCUACAAGCAGAGUAUGGAUUUGCUGCACAUUGGAGGUAUAAGGAGGGUGAUUCUCAGCACUCUUCUUUUGUGCUUCAAAUGGUGGAGUGGGCUAGAUGGGUGGUCAAUUGGCAGUGUGAGACAAUGAACAAAGACCGACCAUCAAUGGACUAUGCUGAUUCCCUCAAGCCUCCAUGUAAAUUCCCAACUCACGCUGAAGGUUGUCCAUAUUCCUACAAUGCUCAGUCUAAUCAAGACGGACCUGUAUUUGUCAUCUUGAUAGAGAAUGACAAGAUGUCUGUUCGGGAGUUCCCCACAAACUCCACCAUGAUGGAUCUGUUAGAAAUGACAGGCCAUGGUAGCCCCCGUUGGAGGUCUUAUGGCUUCCCCGUGAAGGAAGAGUUGAGGCCUCGGCUGAACCAUCAUCCCGUGAGUGACCCAACUUGCAAACUGAAGAUGGGAGACGUGAUUGAGCUAACUCCAGCCAUUCCCGACAAGUCUCUAGUUGAGUACAGAGAAGAGAUUCAACGCAUGUACAAUCGGGGUGUGUCGGUGUCCCCCAAACCCGCCUCUGCUGUCACAAAUGCCAGUGUGGUUGGCUGGAGUAGUUGACGAAGAACGCAUAUGUAUCUUUAUUAGAUAGGAUUAUGGUUGAAUAACACAAUCUGUUCAUGUAAAUAUAUCAUUUGUACAGAAAAUUUAUGUUCUUGUAUCGUGGGAAAUAUAAGAUUGUGGCUAACUGAAUUUGUUUAUUGAAGAAAUGAAAAGAUCGAAAAAAAGAACAGAUAUUCCCACAAA